CUGGAAAUCAAAAUUAUUAAAAGAAAAAAUAAAACCGUUCCAUCACCUCUCUUUUUUCCUUCUUCUUCUUCCCUUGCUUCCCCUUUCUCUUUUCCUUCUUCUUCAUCUAUCAUUCUUCCUUUGAAACAAUUAAUCGUCGAUUCAAAAAAAUUUCGUCGUGGAUUAAACUCAUUGUAUAAAAUCAUGAAAGAAAAGUAAAAAUUAGGUCAUUCUUCGUCGAAUCAACCUCCUCUUGGAGCAGAGAAACCAACUUCAACAAAUGAAAUAGGAAGUGAAGAUGAAGAGGAAUUGAACGAAGAAGAUGCACCAGCCUCUCAGAUUCCUGAGAUGACAACAAUAAGAAAAGAAAAGAGGAAGAAAAGAUCAAUAAAAGUAACAAUUUCUAGUGAGCCCACUCCGCAACCUCGUCACGGAAAAUUAUUUGGUGCAAACGCAAAUAAUACAAGUGAAAUUGGAGUUGAUAGAGUAAGUGAAGGUGUACUUGCUAUUAGUGGAGGAAAUGUAGGUGGAGUUUCUGGAGGAAAUGAAGGCCUUGCUGUUACUGGAGGAAAUGAAGGUGAAGUUUCUGGAAGAGAUAUAAGUGGAGUUGAUGUUGCUGGAGGAAAUGAAGGUGGAGUUGUUGCUGGAGGAAAUGAAGGUGGAGUUGUUACUGAAGUUGGCACUUCUAAUGGUCCUGCUCUUGAUAAAGGUAAAUCAGUGGUUGAGGAGGACAAGAAGGAUGAAAAGAAGAAGUAUCUACCAAAGGAUAGUGCAUUAGAUAUCAUUGAUAUUAUGGUGAUUUUACCUCCCAAGAAGAAUGAGAGACCUUGGGGUGCGCCAAGAGAUCGUUCCGUCUUGAUUGGUUACCAGUCAUCAUGGGCUGCUAGAGUCUGUGCAACAAAGUUUCCCAAUAAAGAGGUUCCUAGACUAAGCACCAACAACCAAAGUUUUGGUCGUUGGAGGGUGAGCAUCCAAAGCAUCCAUAUGUGGUAGUUUUGGUAAAAGCUUAGGAGUUAUGGUCUGGAAUCGAGGAGCUGCAGAAAUCGUAUGAUGUUGUGACAGUUCACUAGUCCAGAAGGGGCUAUAAAUGACGAAUGAAAUCUGUUAUAAAACAUGAUUUAUCACGGUUUUCAUCUGUUAUUCGAACCGUUAAUUAUUUGGUGUGACUCUUUAUAAAUGACGAAAAAAUAAUGUUAUAAAGUAUGACAACUAAAAUUUGUGAUUUAAAAUCACACACAGAAUCUAUUACUAAGUUUCACGGUUUUUGUAUGUAACA